GCCUGAGUCUCACAAUGUCCCUCUCAGCAGAGGGUGUCGUUCCAAUUCUCACACAAGGAUUGUUUUAAGAAUCAAAUGACACAAUAUCUAUAAAGGCCUUAGCAAAGUCACAAUCAUCAAGGCAUAAUGAGACCAUUCCCAGGCCUUGUGUAAUCAAACUCCCUCUAUGAACCUUGAUGAUAGAGAUCCAAGGGGACACAUGUAUCAUCUUCUCAUAUUAGAAUGUGCAAUGAAGCUGCUAGUGGCAGUAAUCCUGAUGUUGGGCCUGAUGGUGCUGGGCGAUGGCCAACCGCCAAAGAAUGAGGAUAGGACGUGUGUCUACCAGAAGCUCUCCCAAGAGGAUGCUUUAUUCUGCAAGGACCAACUCAAUGUGAUCUACCCAGAAAUCGGGGACAUUGGCUGCCUGUAUGUCCCUGAGUGCAACAAUUUCAGGCAGAAGAUAGGCAGUUGGGGCAAACCUUCCAUCAAAUACUCCCAGGCUCAAAAGAAUAAGAAGUACGUACUGAUGAUGGUUGAUCCAGACGCCCCCAGCAGGAAUUACCCCCAAAACCGCUACUGGAGACACUGGCUGUUAAUUAAUAUCAGUGGCAAUGGCCUCAAGACUGGGAACAUUAAUGGCCACGAGCUAACCAGCUACCAACCUCCUGGCCCACCACCAAAGACUGGCUUCCAUCGAUAUCAGUUCCUCCUGUUUGAGCAGCCAGAAAAAGGAAAACCCAUCACUCUGAGCUCCAAGGAAAAGGCAAAGAGAGGUUCCUGGUCCAUCAGUGACUUCAUAAAGCAUUUCCACUUGGGCUCUCCUGUGGCUGCCAGCCAGUUCCUCACCCAGAAUUAUCGUGAUUUUUAGCUAGACCUACAAGCACCUGGAGAAGGUGGUGAAUGACCAGGGACAGAACCAGGCUCAGGCUGUUCCUUUCCAAGGUGUAUGCCCAAAGGUACCUGCUCUUUGCCCAGUCACCUUUUCCCCCACCCCUGCAAGGUCAUCUCAAGCUUGGAGAAAAACUUCAGGCUAUGGCUUCUGGGUUUGGAACCCCUUUUGCACCCCACAAAAAAUUUUUUUAAAUCCUCAUUUGCUAUCUGGUUUGAUCUGUUGGCUUCUGCUCAUUCUUCUUCCCAAAAUUAGCAGGGGAAAAAAAUCAGUGUGAGAAGACACACUUGGAAGUUCUCUCAAAGGUGGGGGAGUGAGAAGUGUGAAGCUGGGGAGCAGGAAAUCUAGGUUCUGAUUCUGGCUUUGUUGUUAACUUGACUGGAGAC